AUGGAUUUCAGUUCCUCGUCAGUAUUUGAUCAGCACAAAGGUGAUGCAGCAGAAGAGAUUGACUUGACUGUGGUUUACCAAGCAGCAGCUAAUGGCGAUGUGAACACACUAACUGCAGUGAUCCGAGAAGAUCCUUCCAUACUAGAGUGCUGUGACAGCGAGGGUUGCACACCUUUGAUGCAUGCUGUGUCAGGACGCCAGGUUGAUACAGUGAAGCUUCUGUUGAAGAUGGGAGCCAAUAUUAACACUCAGGAUGCUUGUGGACGUACCAGUUUAUCUCUGGCAACUUAUCUGGGCUGGCUGGAAGGCUGUGUCAGCCUGCUCAGAAACGGUGCUAAGCAAAAUAUACCUGACAAAAACGGGAGGUUACCACUCCAUGCUGCUACCGCAGAACCUGAUGUGAGGCUUCUGAACGUGCUCCUGCAGCAGUCAAAUCUUAGUGAAAUUAAUCAUCAGGACAAUGAG